AUGACCGAAGACGAGCUGCGUUCCGAAGCAAAAAUGGUCGAUCUUCUGAAUCAAUUCGAACAUAUCUUGGAAUCCGAUCCUCACAUCGAUGAGGUGGGAUUUGUUCACCCAUCCCAGUUUUUCCAGCUGAACGAAGAGGCAGGUCAUUCCUUACCCUCAUCUGACAGCUCAGCUGAUGGAAAUUCAGUUUUUUGGAAUGAGGAUCAUAAGUUGGGGAUUUCAACACAAGUUCUUCUUCCAUUAUAUAAGGCAUCUAAGGAUGCAUUUAUGACAGCCAAUAGACAGUUUAAGGAACUGAACAGCACUUCUGAUGUAUCUGGGGCUGAGAAUUCUCUAUGUACCUCACUAUCUUUGGAUGACAGUAUUGAAAGUGCCGUCAUGAAGCAUAGCAGGGCUCUUUUGUUGCUAAGUUGUGAUUUCGGCACUGCGUGGCAUUCCAGGAAGCUCGUGGUGUUGGAGAAGCAUAAGCUCUCAGCAUUACUGGAUGAACUUCUCUUGUCAGCACUUGUUCUUUCAUAUUCACCUAAGUCUGAGUAUGCUUGGGGCCAUAGGAAGUGGGUUAUCAAAUCAAUUUCUGAAAAGUGUUCAACUCUGCCAGAGAUUGUGACCAAAGAGUCUGAGCUGGUGGAGAAAAUAGCUGAGAGGUCAAAAAUGAAUUACCGUGCAUGGAAUCAUCGUUGCUGGUUGGUUUCCUACAUGACAAGAGAACAGUUGCUACAUGAAUUAAAGAGAUCCAGAAACUGGGCCAACUUGCAUGUUGCUGAUCAUAGUUGCUUCCAUUAUCGUAGUCAGCUAAUGCUUAAGAUUUUAGAGGACCAAUGCUAUGAACAAGAAAUAUCAUCUUCUGGUUACAGUGUUGAAAUAUAUCUACUGUGGAAGGAUGAACUUGAUUGGGAUGAAAUGCUGAUAAAGCGCUACAUAGGAAGAGAGGCUCUAUGGCUUCAUCGCCGCUUCCUUUCCUUAUUUUGGAUAAAGCAUUUCUUAACUGAUCACACUGGUCUGUCCAACCAUGGGAAGCAGAAAACCUGCAUGAAUAAUGACUUCAGUGUAUUUAUGGACGAUGAGUUACAUCUCCUCCACUCCUGCUCAAUCAUUCCAGAUAAUAGCUUUGACGAUUACCAAGCACAGGCUAUGCAUUCUGCUACUUACAUGUUAUGGUUGAUUAAGCAAAUCCCUGAUCCUUGUCGGAUUGAAUUACAAGAGAAGCUCAGAACAGAAAAUCUGAAAGCUCUGCUGAAUAAGGUGUGCCCAGAAAGGUCCUCAACUUGGGAUUGUUUAACGGGCUAUGUUGAAGCAUCUGACCAUUAA